AUGCGGCGACUACUGGACCAGAACGAUGAAGCAGACUCCAACGUCCCUCUGGCCAAACGCAACCGUGACCCCUCCCGUCCAUACAACCAAUUCAUGUAUCAACUCGAGACGCAGCGCAGGCGCUACGACGACCUCGACUCACCAGACAGGCCUGAAUCCACCGCACCCGGCGUAAACACCAGAGCGUACAAGCAAGUACGCAACCAGUGGGAAGAGAGCGAACAGUGGAACCCCAAAUGGGGGGUCCUGCCCGGGCCAAGCUGGAACCAUGAGAUUCCCUUCGACGAGUGGCUGUCGGACAAGUUCAAAGAACAGGACGAGAAGGACCGGAUAAAUCGGGAAUAUGCCUUGAAACAGUCGGCCAGCCUGCGGACUUUUCAGCAGCGGGAGCUCGAUGCCCACAAGGACGGGUUCCGGCAGAACCCUCAGGAAAGUGCAGGGGGCGCUGCCGAUGCCCCCAGCCGCCUCGCCGGCGUAUAUCCGGAUCCCCUCCCGCUGCCUGAGAGCGCUGGGUACAAGGCGACAGUCCCCAUCCCCGCGGGAUCCAAAUACAGGGGUUGGGGCAUCUUUGGCGGUAAACCCACCGUCGACGGUGACCAGGAUUCAGGUACCUCGAGCGCAUCGUCCCCAAGCAGCAAUUCGGGAAGCGCCGUCUCGGCCGGAUCCGAGUAUGCGGACACGUCCCCUAGCACUGACUGCAAGGUGGACAACACCGGCCCGGAGCCGCUGGAGCGGACUGUGCCAGCGAAGCGAGGCCAUCCGGAUGGUAGUGAGUCUGGAUCUCCGCCGGUCAGAAGGAGCGCGCGGUUACGGAACCAGAAUCGCCAAUUGAACAGCAAGAACGCUUGA